AUGGGGAUAUUUCUUACAGUGUCCGCCAGUUCCACAGGUUACAUUCCAAAUAGAUCCCAAGUCCUUCCUCCAUUAAGAGGAAGCUUUCCGUUAGAUCAUCAUGGCGUAUGUAAAGUUGCUAUGUUGGAAUGGACUCAAUGUAUGAAAAAGAAUCAUUGGAAUAAUUCUUUAUGUAGAUCUGAAGCGGCCGGUUAUUUGCGUUGUCGAGCAGAGAACAAUUUAAUGGAUCCUGAUGAAAUCUCUUUGCUUGGAUUUACUGAAGAAGAAUGGAAUCAAACUAAUAAACAUUUCGAUAGUAAAACGUAA